UGAAACAGGGAGAGUCCUAGCCGAGCCGAGCUGAGCUAAUGUGCGCCGCUUUGACCAGAUUUAUUUGGAUUUCGCUGCCGAAACCGAAGACGAGACUCAUAUAAAUGAUUGUUGUAAUGAAAUACGAAUAGUGCUGAAUUCGCUACACACUAAAUACACCCUGUACGAGUGUGUACAAAUAGUUUAGAGCGAACGUAAUGAGGCUCAGGGGCUAAUCCUUCCUCUUCAUUCAAACUAAAUUGGAUUUCUCCGCCUUUUGGGAAUACGAGAUUGAUUUGACGAUUCUUUUCAAGGAUGACAGAAUACAAGUUGGUGGUAGUAGGGGCAGGAGGCGUGGGGAAAAGUGCACUGACCAUCCAGCUCAUCCAGAACCACUUUGUGGACGAGUAUGACCCCACUAUUGAGGACUCUUACAGGAAGCAGGUGGUGAUCGAUGGGGAGACGUGUCUACUGGACAUCCUGGACACUGCAGGUCAGGAGGAGUACAGUGCCAUGAGAGACCAGUACAUGAGGACUGGCGAGGGCUUCCUCUGUGUGUUUGCCAUCAAUAACGUGAAAUCUUUCGAAGACGUGCAUCUCUACAGGGAGCAGAUAAACCGGGUGAAGGACAGCGACAGCGUCCCGAUGGUAUUGGUGGGGAAUAAGAGUGAUCUGAGCUCUCGCACAGUGGAGACGCGUCAAGCACAAGAGCUUGCUCGUGGAUAUGGCAUCCCAUUUGUCGAGACUUCUGCCAAAACACGACAGGGGGUAGAAGAGGCCUUUUACUCUCUGGUUCGAGAGAUCAGGAGGUAUAAGGAGACAAACCGCAGCAAUAAGAAGAGCAAGAAACACACACAGAGACGUUGCAUUCUUUUAUAGCAAUACUUACACCCACUCUUGCACUACAUUCCUGGAAUAGCACUGUGCGCACACACACAUUCUGCUGUAGCAUCUCAACCCUUCCCCCUCCACUUUCUCUGUAAAGGAAAAAGCUCACUUGUUAGUGCAAGACGAUGAGAUCAUAGAGGAAGUGAUCUGUUAAGAGUCCCAAGUCAGGAACUUCAGCAACAGUGCCAUGGCUUCCACAGGUCUAGCUUUACUAGCAAAGUAAUUACAUUGAAUGUACUGCUACCUUUUUUUUUGGGUGCUGUUUUGCUAUAAGGGAACACAUUGCUUGCCAACUGCAGAGGUUCCUGAAUGGGACUUAAACUUUGAACCUCACUUGGAAUGUUUGGACCAUGUCUCACCAACUUAUUCUCCCUUUACUCAAGAGCCUCAAACAUGUAUGAAACUCCAGCUCACCUAUACGAAAACCAGGUCAUGCUGGAUUCUUCUGCCCCUUUUCAUUUUAACAUGUUCCAUAUGUACAUCAGUUUGAAGUGUUCACGACUAAGCUCUGGACCUCAAAUGAGCUUCCUACCUGUAACUAGCAUGGGACUGUGCUUCAGAGGUUGUCUUGUAUUUUGUCCUGUGGAUUUAGAAUUUAUGGGUUCAGAUGUAGAAGCCAGCCAACCCAGCUGCUUCUCUCUUUAGUGAGUGUUGGUGCUUAAAGGGUUCUGAACUCCUGCUCUAUUAUGCCCUUCAAUAGACCCCUGGGAAAGGUACAUUCAAAACCUUCCCACUUCUGUGUCCAUACACCACUGUUUAUGUCCCUGGCCCAAUCCCACUUUUUCCAAUAGUGCUAUCCCUCAAAGUGGAAGCUUUGACCAGGCCCCAGAGAGAGAGAAUUUUUUAUUGCAUUCACCCACCAAUGCUUAUAAAUGAGGGAAGAAUGCCACAGAAACAUAGAACAGGCCUAAAAAUGUGGUCUGACCACCUCUCUGAUACAUUCCUAUUGUCAUAGCGAUGAGUUAUAGGAGUUUUCUUUUUUUGUGAAUAAAGAGAAUUUUGGCUAAAA